AUGGUACUCUUCUCUUCUCUGACCCCCGUUAUUAUUGCACUGAUGUGCAUUUGUCUGGCUGCUCUGUGGAGCAGUAAGCGUAAAGCAAGGAGAGAUCGAAAAGUGGGAACCGAAGACAGAGUUAAUUCCAAACCCCGGGCGGAUGAAGAUUUGCGAGUUGACAAGGCUGGGAGUUUUCUUAAUGAUGAACCUGAGGUGCAGCAUAUUCCAUAUUCACCACAGCGUUAUUCAGAGGAUGAAAUGAUCCACAGAGCCAAUGAGUUUUACCAACUGAUGAAUGCACGAAGGAGUGUCCGCUUUAUCAGUGAGGAAGCAGUGCCCAGGGCGGUGAUUGACAGCAUCAUUAGGACAGCAGGUACUGCUCCAAGUGGAGCACAUACAGAGCCCUGGACCUUUGUAGUCAUCCAAGACCCAGAAACAAAACAUCGAAUUCGUGAAAUCAUUGAGGAGGAAGAAGAGGUUAACUAUAAGAAGAGGAUGGGGAAGAAAUGGGUCUCUGACUUAAAACAAAUGAGGACAUACUGGAUUAAACCCUACCUUGACACUGCACCCUACCUCAUCCUUAUAUUUAAACAAAUUUAUGGAAUCCUACCCACUGGCAAGAAGACCCAUUAUUACAAUGAGAUCAGUGUUUCAAUUUCCUGUGGUAUUCUCCUGGCAGCUCUGCAGAAUGCUGGCCUUGUGACAGUCACUACAACACCUCUGAAUUGUGGUCCUCGGGUGCGUGUUCUUCUUGGGCGCCCAGAGAAUGAAAAGUUGCUGCUGCUGCUGCCUGUUGGUUACCCAGCGAAAGAUGCUACCGUACCAGACUUUAAACGCAAGCCACUGGAUGAGAUUAUGGUGUCUGUGUGA